UCCGUGAUGGAUUCUUCGCUCUAUCCUCGACAAUGCAGCUCCUCUACGCCUUUCUUCUUCUAUUGAUUCUCGGCGAUGCCAGUGCUGCUGGGGAGUAUUCAGAGGAUGGCGAUGAUCAGGAAGAAACAUCCACUGAUCUCACGACUGUCGUGCAAGGAUUUGUCUCCUGCCAGGAUUGUGAUGGAAAUUUCGACAAGCCCUCCCCAGGAGCAUUGGUGAGAGUGGAAUGCCGCGAUGGGAGCUACGGCGAGGCCGCAUCGAACCGCGAUGGCUUCUUCCAGAUCAAAUUCCCCCAGACCUACAAGAGCGUCUACGAUCCCCCCGAAUCGUGCAAGGCGAUGAUCCUCGCGUCGCCCGAUCGGUCGUGCGACACAGCCACGGAUCUUGGAGGCGGCAAGAAGGGAGCGGCGCUGGAAUUCGAGAAGAUUUUCAUGGGCGAAGCGUUCUACAAAACCGGCCCAUUUGCUUUCACGCCCUACUGUACAGACGAAGACGAAGAACCCUAAAUUUCACAAAAAGAAGUUUUUCAAUAAAAUUUG